CACAGCAAGUAGCGUGCUUCACAGCUUCAGUUUGCCAUCUCCUUUCUCUCUCUCUCUGCACGAUAUAAGACUGACUGAUGCAACUACCCCACCUCUUCCUCUCGACUGAUCCUCCUUUUUCUUUCUAUUUAAAACCCAUUUGCUUUUACUCAUAAUUCUCCUUUCUUUUACUCCAAUGGCUUCUUCUACUUCACUUUCUUUUCCCCUUACUCUUCCUUCUCCACGCGCCUCCUCACCUUCCGUCCACCGUUGCCUUCUACACCUUCCCUCGCUUCCCUUCCCCUUCACUUUGCACGCCAAAAUGCUUUCUGUCAAAAACGCGCCCCCUCCGUCUUCUCCUCUCAGGGUUUUUUGCUCCCGUGAUUCUCGAGCUUCAGUUGUCACUAAGGACUCAUGGGAGAAAUUGAUUUUGCAAAGUGAUGUACCAGUCCUAGUUGAAUUUUUUGCAAGUUGGUGUGGGCCCUGCAGGAUGGUUCACCGUGUGAUUGAUGAAAUUGUAGGAGAGUAUGAUGGGAAACUAAAAUGCUUUGUUCUCAACACAGACAGUGAUUUGGAAAUUGCUGAGAACUAUGAAAUCAAAGCCGUACCAGUGGUUUUGCUCUUCAAAAAUGGAGAGAAGAGAGAGUCUGUGGUUGGCACGAUGCCGAAGGAAUUUUAUGUUGCUGCCAUUGAGAGGGUCCUCCAUUUGUAGAAAAACGCGCAUAUUGGCCUGAGUUGAACAUCAGUAAAGUUGGUUUUUUAAUCAGGUAUCUUUAGGUUUCUCAAGCUUGAAUUUUCAAUGCUUUCAAGUACAUUGCUUGUACAGUGUUUACAAAUGUAUGCUUACUGGUCAUCGCCAUAGGCAAACUGGGGUUUGGGUCUCGGGUAGCCUUUUCUAAUAUUUCUGUAAAUGGAUGCACAUGAUCUGAACAUUUUAUUUCACUCCAGCUGCGUCUAUACAACUUUUCUUUCAACA